AUGACUUCUAACCGGAUUUUCCCAGCAGAUGACUUCGGAAUUUAUUAUGUCCUCACAGACCACUUGGACCCGGUGGCGGUGACGGAAGCGAAGGAGCCCCCCGUCCACCUGCAGGGGGUGACGGGCCUGCGGAACCUGGGCAACACGUGCUACAUGAACGCCAUCCUGCAAUGUCUCUGCAGCAUCUCCCCGCUGGUGGAGUACUUCCUCUCAGGAAAGUACAUCACCGCCCUUCAAAAGGACUGCAGCGAGGUGGCCACAGCUUUCGCCUACCUGAUGACAGACAUGUGGCUCGGAGACUCAGAUUGUGUCUCCCCAGAGAUAUUCCGGUCCGCUCUUGGCAACCUCUACCCCACAUUUAUGAAGAAGACGCAACAAGAUGCCCAGGAAUUCCUGAUCUAUGUGCUCAAUGAACUUCAUGAGGCUCUGAAGAAGGACUGUCUCCAGUGUUUCUUCCAGCAAGACACACUGACCUGGAACAACCAAAUUCAUUGCUCUUUUUGUGAAACCAAGCAAGAAACAGCGGUGAGGGCCAGUAUUUCCAAAGCACCCAAAAUAAUUAUUUUUCAUCUAAAAAGGUUUGACAUCCAAGGUACAACAAAAAGAAAACUGAGGACAGACAUCCAUUACCCGCUGACUAACCUGGACCUCACUCCUUACAUUUGUCCAAUUUUCCGGAAACAUCCCAAAUACAACCUCUGUGCUGUGGUGAACCACUUUGGCGAUCUGGAUGGUGGGCACUACACGGCUUUCUGCAAGAACUCAGUAACCCAAGCCUGGUAUAGCUUUGAUGACACGCGAGUCAGUGAGAUUCCAGAUACUUCUGUGCAAACCGCCACCGCCUACCUCCUGUUCUACAGUUGCCAGCCCUUUUCUAUCCCCAUACAGAAGUGUAAGUGCUAG